CGCUCUUAAAUAUCCUUCAAACACAAAUAUCGUUAUUUUGUAAAGAAAAAGUUAACGAAAACAAUGAUGUGUUUUGCUGAACAACAAUAGUUAUUAACAAUUAUUUAUGAAAUAAUUAUAAAGUAACCAGAAAUUAAUCGAUAAUGGAUUAGUAAUUUUUACAACCGAUAUCAAUGCUAUCGUGCAGUGCCGUUCGUUCUUCGUAAUUAACGUGUUUCUAACGAACAGAGCUGUGGCGAUUUUACAGAACGUGACGUAGAUCUGUUCUUUCCCGCUGAACUAACUUGUUCUCUCUUUUCUACUCCAUCACACUCUCAACUGCGUAUCUUUCUCAAGUGCUACGGUAGUUCAAUGAAAAAGAACAGACCUGCGAUCCGUAGAGAUGGUUAGGAACCUGUAAUGGCCGUUUAGAACGGGUGACGUGUAUCUUUCAGUAUUGCCCGAUCGCACUCGAGACGAUUAUGAUUGCGUUUAAACGCGACAAGAAAGAGGAGGAAGAUGGCGGCGGGAAUCCCUUCCAAAACCUCGAGAAGACGACGGUUCUGCAGGAGGCGCGCACCUUCAACAACACGCCUGUCAAUCCGCGGAAAUGCGCGCACAUCCUCACGAAGAUCCUGUACCUGCUGAAUCAGGGCGAGCAGUUGGGCACGACGGAAGCGACGGAGGCCUUCUUCGCCAUGACCAAGCUGUUUCAGUCGCGCGAUGUCAUCCUCAGACGGCUGGUUUAUCUCGGCAUCAAGGAACUGAGUUCCUUGGCCGAGGAUGUGAUCAUAGUCACGUCCAGUCUCACCAAGGAUAUGACCGGCAAGGAGGAUCUGUACCGGGCUGCGGCCAUCAGAGCGCUUUGCACCAUCACCGACGGCAGUAUGCUAGCGGCUAUCGAACGGUACAUGAAGCAGGCCAUAGUCGACCGCUCACCGGCGGUGUCCAGCGCCGCGCUAGUCUCCUCCUUGCAUCUGACCAGCGUGUCCGGCGACGUCGCGAGGAGAUGGGCGAACGAAGCGCAGGAGGCGUUGAACUCGAAUAACGUGAUGGUCCAGUAUCACGCACUGGGUGUCCUGUACCAAGCGCGGAAGACGGACAAGCAUGCGGUGAUCAAGCUGGUCGCCAAGCUCAUGAAGACGAGCCCGAAGAGCCCGUACGCGGCCUGCAUGCUGAUCAGAAUGGCGUACAAACUGCUGGACGAGGUGGACGAGGGCGAGGAACUGAUCGGGUUCAUCGAAUCGUGCCUGCGCCACAAGUCCGAGAUGGUGGUGUACGAGGCGGCUCACGCCUUGGUCAACCUCGGGCGAAGCGGCGCCCGGGAGAUCGGGCCCGCCAUCAGCGUGCUGCAGCUGUUCUGCGGCUCGCCGAAACCGGCGCUCCGGUUCGCCGCGGUGCGAACUCUCAACAAGGUCGCGAUGUCGCACCCAGCAGCCGUCACUGCCUGCAAUCUGGACCUGGAGAACCUGAUCACAGACUCGAACAGAUCGAUCGCCACUUUGGCGAUCACCACUCUUCUGAAGACCGGGGCGGAAAGCUCGGUGGACCGGCUGAUGAAGCAGAUCGCCACCUUCGUGUCGGAGAUCUCGGAUGAAUUCAAAGUGGUGGUUGUGCAGGCCAUCAGGGCCUUGUGCCAAAAGUUCCCGCGCAAGCAUUCCGUGCUGAUGAACUUCCUCUCCGCUAUGCUGAGGGACGAAGGUGGCCUCGAGUAUAAAGCGGCGAUCGCCGACACCAUCAUCGCCGUGAUGGAGGGGAACGCGGAGGCGAAGGAGGCGGGUCUCGCGCAUCUCUGCGAGUUCAUCGAGGACUGCGAACACAUCUCCCUAGCGGUUCGUAUUUUGCACCUGCUCGGUCAAGAGGGCCCGACCACGAAGUUUCCAUCGCGGUACAUCCGCUUCAUCUACAACCGCGUGAUUCUCGAGAGUGCCAGUGUGCGCGCCGCGGCCGUCACCGCUUUGGCUCGUUUCGCCGCCGCCUGCCCGCAACUGCUGCCGAACGUGUUGGUGCUGCUCUCGCGUUGUCAGCUGGACUCGGACGAUGAGGUUCGCGAUCGCGCCGCUUAUUACUGCACGAUCUUGCAGCAGCAACGCGACCCGACCAUAUUGCCCUUGGUACAACCACCUUCAUUGUCCGUGCCGUCCUUGGAAAGAGCCUUGCGGAAUUACAUGCAGACACCUAUGGAAGAAUCCUUCGAUAUUUCUCAGAUACCACCAGCUCAGACGGUGGAGGAGCCAGCCCAGGUGGAGGUUCACACCACUAUCAAGCAGCCUCGUUUGACCAGGGAGGAGAGUUUCAUGGAGAAACUGUCGCAGAUCCCGCAACUGGCCGCGAUCAUCCGCGACUCGUCGUUGCUGAAAUCCUCGCCGGUCUUCGAGCUGACCGAAUCCGAGACGGAGUAUAACGUUAAAUGUAUCAAGCAUACAUUCCCCGAGUAUCUCAUUUUGCAAUUCGAUUGCGUCAACACUUUGUCCGAUCAGCUUCUCGAAGACAUAGUAGUGGCCGUUGAACCGUCCGAAGGAUACUCGGUCAUAUACGUGGUAUCGUGCCCGCGAUUACCUUACAACGAGCCGGGCACCACUUACACGGUAUUGAAAUACCCGGAAGAUGUGCACGCGAGUGUCGCUACCAUUCCCACGACUCUCCGGUUCAUGGCGAGGGAUUGCGACCCAACGACGGGGAUACCGGACGCGGAUCAAGGAUACCACGAUGAAUACAUGUUGGAAGAUUUGGAGGUAACUCUCCGCGACCAAAUGCGCGGAGUUAGUAACAGAGGUAUGGACUUCAAUACCGCUUGGGACACGUACACCGCGAAGGGAUUCACCAAGUUAGAAGAGACGUACGACUUGGGAAUUUCGGUGACCUCUUUGGAAGGAGCGAUACAAGGUAUCACGUCAUAUUUGGGAUUGGAAGCCAUGGAGCGUAGCAAUAAAGUACAAAGCGGCUCAACCGUGCAUAACCUGCUCUUGAGCGGCGUCUUCCGUGGAGGAAAAGAAGUAUUGGCACGCGCGCGACUGGCGUUGAGUGGAACGCAAGUUACGAUGAAGUUCUCCGUUCUCUGUCAAGAUCCGGAUGUUGCCGACUUGAUAGUUUCGACUGUGGGAUAGAUCGCAGUAGAAUCACUUUCAUAUUGACGUUGUUUCCUUUAAUAUUUGUAUCCCGACGGACCGAAGACACACUUGUGAGACGGAAGGGAAAUGCCGAUAAUAAUGACACGCAGCUUCUCUCACGCAAACGAGGGUAGUCUGAAAAGUUUUGAGCCUCAACUCGUAUAUAUUGGGUGUCGGAAAAGUCAUGAUACAUUUUUGCAACAGAUGGCGCUAGUUUAUUUUUGAAAGUACUAGAGUCAUUCGCACCUAUGUUAUUGCUGUGUCAUUUUGACGGUUUUAGCUUCAUUCACAAAAAUUGAACGAUUCGGUUGAGUUUCGGAGAUUUUAUAACGGAUUGAAAAUGAAAGACCAAACUGUGCAUUUUCGCCAUAUAUUACUGUUUUAUUUCCCCAAAAGGGAAGAAUGCGCGUCAAGCUUGUGAAAAGUUUACGGUGAAAAUGCUCUACGUCAGUGCCAACGAUGGUUCACGAAAUUCCGUGCUGGUGAUUUUGAUCUCAACGACGCUUCUCGGUCAGAGAGGCCCAUCGAUUGAUUACGACAAAAUAAAGGCAUUGAUCGAAUCAAACCCACGUUACAUGACACGAGAGAUUGCAGAAAUACAUUGAGCAUCCCAUCAUUCAAGCGUUCACGACUACCUGAAGAAGCUGGGAUACGUAAGCAAGCUCGAUAUUUGGAUUCCUCAUGAACUCAAAGAAGUUCAUUUGACGGCGCGUAUAAACAUCUGCGAUACGCUCGUUAAACGUGAGGAAAACGAUCUUUUUUUGAAGCGACUGAUAACUGGUAAUGAGAAGUGGAUUGUUUACAACAAUGUGAUGCGCAAUGGUGUUCCAUCACAACGCGAAACCACAAAUUUUGAUCAACCGUCAAAAAUUAUUGAAGCUUAGAUGUGUUGCCACAUCCCAUAUUCGCCCAGAACAUAGAAAAAAUACAUCAUGACUUUUCCGACAACCCAAUACAUAUAUAUUUCUUUCUACAAUUAUAAAUUUGUUCGUGCAUUGAGAGAAUUAUAAAAGUGUUAAAUAGUGUAUAAAUCUAUUAUUAUCAGGACAAUAAAUACUGAAUUAAAACAAUCUAUGACAAUAUCUAAUUUUUUUCUUUUCUUUUUCUUAAAGAAAGAAUAAAUCAAAUGAUAUCAAAAAGCGUCGAUUUUACGUACAAUAACGUUCUAAGAUCGAGGCAUUCCAAAAGUUAGCAAAGACUUUCCCGAUGUUGAUUCUGCACACUUCCGCAAAUUAUUUUCCAGAAGAUAUUUUAGAAAAGACAGAAGCAGUCGAGACCAAGGAUGGAAUAUCCGAGUUCAAAUUUGCAUAUCAGAGACGAUAAUAAUUCUAACAUUUAUUCGCGAAUAAACGAAACCGGAUAAUUAGGAUAAUCAUAUCAAUUUUCCAUGCUUACAUGUCAGAGAUCGAACUCGCUGCGAAAUUAUACCGAUUUCAAUCCUCGGUCGUAUCCCUUGAGGUUCGAUUUGCCGAACGAGUGAUUUUGGCGAUUUGUCGUUCGCCUUAUAUAGGCACUGCGGAUAAAUAUCCGUAAAAUUCGAACUCGACGGUCUCUUCUUCUCGACGUUCAACGCAAAUCUCGUACGCUUUCUGCUUUACCAAUAAUCUCGAUAAUUCUAAGAUCCUUAGAGAGAGAGAGAGAGAGAGAGAAAUGAGUAUAAGUGAAGAGAUAUAUAAUGAUAUAUCAAUGUACAGAACUUCAGCGAGAAGGCGUAAUGAGUACACUGUACAAUGUUAAAUAUAACGCUAAUAUAACGAA